CCCUGACAGACCGAUUGAUCAGUCAUUCAAUUUGUGUCAAGAGAACUAGCAGUUUAACAGUGGUUUUAGUGCGAAUUUAGGGCUUUCAAAUAGUCGUGUAUAUCGUGAUCGUUUUAUUAGUUCAUUGAGUUCAGCUCAGCCAGUUGCCAGAAGCAGCCGCAAUGAAAUUACAUCUUGCUUUGGGGGCGUUGUGCCUCAUUGCCAGCGUCCUGGCGAAAGAGGACAAAAAGGAUGGAAAGGACGAGGUUGGCACUGUAAUUGGCAUCGAUUUGGGAACCACGUACUCCUGCGUGGGCGUGUACAAGAACGGCAGAGUGGAGAUAAUCGCCAACGACCAGGGUAACCGUAUCACCCCUUCAUAUGUGGCCUUCACAGCUGAUGGUGAGCGUCUGAUUGGAGACGCUGCCAAGAAUCAACUUACCACCAAUCCAGAGAACACCGUCUUCGACGCUAAGCGUCUGAUCGGGCGCGACUGGAGCGAUGCCACUGUUCAACACGAUGUGAAAUUCUUCCCAUUCAAGGUGAUUGAGAAGAGCAGCAAGCCCCACAUCAAGGUAGACACCAGCCAGGGUGAGAAGGUUUUCGCUCCUGAGGAGAUUUCCGCGAUGGUUUUGACCAAAAUGAAGGAAACUGCCGAGGCUUACUUGGGCAAAAAGGUCACACAUGCUGUUGUAACAGUGCCUGCUUAUUUCAACGACGCUCAGCGUCAGGCUACUAAAGACGCCGGUAUCAUUGCUGGUAUGACCGUAAUGAGAAUCAUCAACGAGCCCACCGCUGCCGCAAUUGCCUACGGCCUGGACAAGAAAGAAGGCGAAAAGAACGUAUUGGUCUUCGAUUUGGGCGGUGGUACCUUCGAUGUGUCUCUUCUUACCAUCGAUAACGGGGUGUUCGAAGUGGUGGCAACUAACGGAGACACGCACUUGGGAGGUGAAGAUUUCGAUCAGCGAGUGAUGGACCACUUCAUCAAGCUCUACAAGAAGAAGAAGGGCAAAGACAUCAGAAAAGACAACAGAGCCGUACAGAAGUUGAGACGCGAAGUUGAGAAGGCCAAGAGAACGCUAUCGGCCAGCCAUCAAGUCAGGAUUGAAAUUGAAAGCUUCUUCGAGGGCGAGGACUUCUCGGAAACAUUAACGCGGGCGAAAUUUGAGGAAUUGAACAUGGACUUGUUCAGGUCCACCUUGAAGCCAGUCCAGAAGGUAUUGGAAGACGCCGACAUGAACAAAAAGAGUGUGGACGAAAUCGUGCUGGUGGGCGGCUCAACCCGUAUCCCCAAAGUGCAGCAACUGGUCAAAGAAUUCUUCGGUGGCAAAGAACCGUCCAGAGGCAUCAACCCCGAUGAGGCAGUGGCGUACGGGGCUGCCGUGCAAGCUGGAGUUCUCAGUGGCGAACAGGACACUGAUGCCAUCGUUUUGUUGGACGUCAAUCCUCUAACUAUGGGCAUUGAGACUGUUGGAGGCGUCAUGACCAAGCUUAUCCCGAGAAACACCGUCAUCCCGACCAAGAAAUCUCAGAUCUUCAGUACUGCCUCUGACAAUCAGCACACUGUUACCAUUCAGGUAUACGAGGGUGAACGUCCCAUGACCAAAGACAACCAUCUCCUGGGCAAGUUUGACCUCACCGGAAUCCCACCAGCACCCAGAGGAGUUCCUCAAAUUGAAGUCACUUUCGAAAUCGAUGCCAACGGCAUUCUUCAAGUAUCGGCCGAAGACAAGGGAACCGGAAACCGAGAGAAAAUCGUCAUCACCAACGACCAAAACAGGCUCACACCCGAUGACAUCGACAGGAUGAUUCACGAUGCUGAAAAAUUCGCCGACGAAGACAAAAAGCUCAAAGAGAGAGUCGAGGCAAGGAACGAACUAGAAAGUUACGCGUAUUCGCUGAAGAACCAAUUGGCCGACAAGGACAAACUAGGCGCCAAGUUGAGCGAUGACGAGAAGACCAAGAUGGAAGAAGCCAUCGAUGAGAAGAUCAAGUGGCUGGAAGAGAAUCAAGACACCGAUGCUGAAGACUACAAGAAACAGAAGAAGGAGCUCGAAGACGUCGUCCAGCCCAUCAUCGCUAAGCUCUAUCAGUCCUCAGGCGGUGCACCGCCUGCGACGUCGGGUGAAGACGACGACGACCUCAAGGAUGAACUUUAAAAUCCUGCAAUAAGACUGAUCAGAAAUUGAACAUCUUAGUGAUUAUGUGUGCUAACUGUGAGAACGAGUGUGCGUGUGUCCUCAGUUGAAUUUGAUUUCAUCUUUUUGUAUCAAAAGACUAGAUAUUUAAUUUAUUUAUUGCGUCAAGUGCCGGGUACUUGGGCUGUACUUUUUAACUACAAAUAAAAAGUAAUUUUUAUGUUGA